UGUAGACCGGUUUAUCCAGGUAAAAUUGACCGAGGAAUUUACGAGAGUGUAUGGUUCAAAAGAGACAAGUUUGAACACUUGUAAAAACUGGGCUCUAAUUAAAAAUCAAAGUCAGUAUAAUUACGUUGCUUUAUUAAAAAAAUGCUAUUGUUAAGACUUGCCGCACUCUGUGUUCAUACUUUAUAAAGCAGUUGGUGUUUCGGCAGUUACAGAUUGAUACGUGUUGUGUGGUCAGCUGAUACAAAACGAACAAAAAAUAAUUUUGCACACAACAUUUUUAACCACUUUCUAAAAGAGUUUUUUUUCCCGGUCAAUCGAUUCAAUUUCGAUGCGUAAUUGUAAAAUCAGUUUUAAAAAAUUCAGCAAGUGCAUUGGCCCAAACGUUUAGUCAGUGCUGAAACUUUCGACGACGAAUAUGUGCAUAGUGUUUUGAGUUGCAUUUAUUCAGUUUGACUAAUUGAAAUCUUUGAAAAUAGAUGCACAUAUUAAGGGAAGAAUAAAAUCAAAAAAGUGAAAACAAAAUAACAGCUUAAAUCACAGCUAUUUAGAAUUUCCAGCGAAAGAAAGUGAUAAAGUAGUUCAAAAAAGUUUAGAAAUUUUUAAAAAAAUGUAUGAAUUUCCGGAAUUGGAAGAGCCACGACCAUUCACAGUGGCAGAACAACAGGCCAUCGACGAUUUGAAAUUAAUGUUCAAAGAAAAUGCUGAGAUCAAUUUCCAAACGGAUAACUAUUUUCUUACGAAAUUCUUAAGGUACUGUGACUGGAAUAUUGAGGCGGCUUACAAAUCAAUUGUGAAUUAUUAUGAAUUGAAGCGUGACAAUCCAUUGGUGCAUGCCGACAAAAAUAUAUCAGAGUAUAUCGAUUUGUUGAAUUUGAAUGCGCGUGUCGUACUUGAUAAACGUGAUAAACAUGGCAGAAUCGUAUUCGUCUCAAAAUUAGGUAAUGUUGGACCAAAUAUCAAUUUCAAUGAUGCUUCGGUAGUUGAUGAUGCAUGGAUGCAUCUACUUUUAAGCGAUCCACUAACACAAAUCAAUGGUUUUUGCUGCAUAACUGAUUGCAAGGGACUUAAUCCAGCACUUUUGAAAUGGCUUAUUCCGAAAAAUUGCAAAGUUGGCGCCGCCAAACUUGAAAGUCUACCGAUAAAAGAUUGGACCAUUCAUAUCGUUAAUAUGAACACAUUGUUUAAGGCAGCAGUUUAUGUUGUCAAACCAUUUUUGCGGAAAUCAACCAUUGCGAAGUUCAAAUUCCAUACCAAUGGUUACGCUGAUUUAAUUGAUGAACUGGGAGAAGAUUGCGUACCUGCUGAAUACGGUGGAAAAAAUGGCCCAAUCGACUAUGAUAAAUCGUUGAAGUUUAUUUUAUCACGUGAAAAAAUUCUUGCUCGCAACCGACAAUUCGGCUUUAAAAAAUUUGCCAGUGAUAACUGGGGUCACGACGAAUUAGCCACCACUUUCAAUAGAUCUAUUAUUAUAGAUCAAACAUUACACGUCAUUAUUUACAAACACGGCUCAGAUCAAAUUUCUUCAAUUCCUAUAGACGCUCCUUCUUCGAUACAAAUACAAAUGGAGAUGGAUGAAAACAAUGGGAAAAUAAACACAAGCAUUCAGACCAUAACAGACGAUAUAGACAGAGAAAAUGAACUCAACUCAAAAUUAGACCGAACCUGGUUGGAAAAGGCAAAAAUCGAGCUUGGCGAAUGCGAUGAAAGUCGAGCGACAAAACUGAGAUUAUUGGAAGAACGUGUGGUUCAAGACAAUGACAUACCAAAUGCUAGACGUGAUGAUGCAUUCUUACUUCGCUUUUUAAGAGCAAAAAAAUUCGACGUCGACAAAUCAUUUCGAAUGAUUCAAAAAUAUUUCAAAAUGAAAAGUGAAUCACCGGAUCUGUUUCGUGUGUCACCACUGUUGGAUAUGCAAGAUUUGUUUAAGACGCAAAUGCAAAAAAUGUUGCCUCAACACGACGCACAAGGCUCCGUAGUUUAUAUGUUUCGUGUUAAGAACUGUGAUCCAUACAAGUGGCCAGCAGAGAAGGUUUUUCGUAGCAAUAUUAUGGCAUUGGAGAAUGCAAUUCGAGAUCCACGUAAUCAAAUAGGAGGCUUAUCUGUUGUACUUGAUAUGGCCGGUCUUAAACUCGCACACGCCAAAUUUCUAUCGCCACAUUUAGCAAAACGAAGCGCCGAAGUCAUACAAGACGCCUUCCCAAUGCGAUUCAAAGCAUUUCACAUUUUACACGAACCGUUUUAUUUCGAUGCGGUUCUGGCUUUAAUAAAACCAUUCAUGAGCGAAAAGAUACGAAAUAGGAUUUACACACAUGGUAAAGAUCUCCCGUCUUUACAUCGGUACAUUCCAAAGGAAAUCUUGCCAAGUGAAUAUGGUGGCAGUCAAGGCGCAUUCGACAACACUAAGUGGCGAGAACAGUUAUUUAACGAUGAACAAUACUUUAUUCGUCUAGAGACGUACAGCUGUGAUCCAAAGCAACUGAGACACACUAUUUCUGACUCAAAACCAAGCGGCCUUAAAGAGUCAAGAAAAUCAAAUGACGUAAAUGGAAAUGGAUUUUUAAUCAAAUAAUCGAUAUUGAUAUUUAAUGAUGAGAGAGUAUUUUUUAUGCUGUAAUGUGACACAUUUUGUAUUCAAUAUUUUGCACACUCACUGUAGCAAAAAGUCUAAAAUAAAUAAACAAAUUCCAAAAAGUACAACCGGGCACUGUA